AUACUGUACGUACCUCUACUUACCGUUCUGCCAUUCUGCUAAAUGGCCCUCUAUGCUUUCAUGACAAAUUAGUUUUGGACGUUGGUGCUGGCUCGGGGAUCUUAUCAUACUUCGCGGUACAAGCAGGUGCACGGAAAGUGUAUGCUGUUGAAGCCUCACAAAUGGCCGAGAAAAUGCGAAAACUUGUUGAAACCGCAAAUGCAGCCGAAUCUGAAACCUUAGCUAAGAAUGCUUUUCUAAAGGAUAAAAUUGAAGUUAUUCAAGCCAAGAUUGAGGACCCGGACCUUCCGAUCCCCAAAGUUGAUACCAUUAUUUCUGAACCAAUCGGUGUUCUCUUAAUUCACGAAAGAAUG